GCAAUAUGCGAAAUCUAAUAGCGCUUAUUUUACUUUUUACGGGCUUUGAAGUAACGCUCUCACAAUCCACAACAAGGUCCGUUGGAUGUAAGAUGGAUUCGUUUGUCAAAAUCGGACAAAAGUAUUACUUUAUAAGGAAGGAAACGCGAAAGACCAACUGGUUCAAUGCCCAAAAUGAAUGCUUAACGAUGGGUGGACACCUGGCCAGUAUAGAGAGUGCUGAGGAAAUGGAAGCCCUAUCGAAAUAUUUGAUGGCCAAAGGCUACACCAAGAAUGAUUGGUUUUGGGUGGCCGGCAACGAUUUGGGCAACAAUCGAGAAUUUAAAUCAAUUGCCACUGGUAAGCACUUGCCAUACUUCAACUGGUCGGACAAGCAGCCGGACAAUAAGGGAGGCACUGAGCAUUGCAUUCAUUUGUGGUUGCGCGAUGACGAGUUUAGUAUGAACGAUUGGGCCUGCACUCAAAAAGCGCACGCGAUUUGCGAAAAGCCUUACAAAUGCGACUGUUUCUUGAAUACUGGAGGUGAAACAAUCAUAGAUGUGCGAUUUACGGAAAAUAAUUAAUGCGCAAUAACGUCUUUGGUGGCUACAUUUGAUUAUGAAUUGGAGCUGCAAUAUGGCUAGAUGAUGAAGAAAAUCCCUAACAGUUCGAUCAUAUAUACAAAUCCACAUUUAUUUGCGCAGCUUGUGUCCCCAAACCUAUUUACACUUAUUCUCUAAGAAAACUUGAUGUAAGCAUAUAGAAGCCCAUUAAGCCAAAAAAAAAAGAAAAAAAAAAUGAUGGGAAUUAAAAGCAAAAUUUUCCUACAGCGAACGAAUAAAAUCGAAAAUCUCACCGAUUGUGAGGUAUGAAAUAA